AAAGUAUGCUGCGCGCGCGCGCGCGCUCGCGUGUGUGUGUGUCUGUGUGUGUGUGUGUCGGAGGGGGGGAAUCCUUGAGCCGAAUGGCGUCAGCGCCGCGCGUCAUCUCCCCGCUCUGCUUCGGCCAUAUUCAUAUCCGCGGCUCAUCGCGCACAAGCGGGGCACUUCCGAUCUGCGUCGGGCUCCCUCUUCACUGCACCGUCCGCCGCCAUCGCGGACCCGUUUGACUGGGACACGGAGCCGGGCCACUGAGACUGGGCGCUCGGACUCGGGAUGCGUCGUGCCACGCGCCGCUAGCCCCGCGCCGCCGGAAGGUUUUCCUGCUCCUCCUGGCACAAAAUGGAGGCGCGCGACGCCGGCGAGGUGAAUGGGCACCAGAUUAUAGAUGACCCAAUGGAGGAUGGAGAGACCCUCUCGCACUGUGAUGAUGGAGCAUACAAGGAGAUUCCUAUCACCCAUCACGUGAAGGAGGGAUGCGAGAGGGCUGAUCCCUCCCACUUUGAGCUGCUUAAAGUGUUGGGACAGGGCUCUUUUGGAAAGGUAUUUCUUGUCCGGAAAAUAACUGGACCUGAUGCUGGGCAGCUGUAUGCAAUGAAGGUUUUGAAAAAAGCAUCUCUGAAAGUCAGGGAUCGUGUUCGAACCAAGAUGGAGCGGGACAUCCUGGUGGAGGUGAAUCACCCCUUCAUUGUGAAGCUGCACUACGCCUUUCAGACUGAAGGGAAGCUCUAUUUGAUUUUGGAUUUUCUCAGGGGAGGUGACGUCUUCACACGUUUAUCCAAAGAGGUUAUGUUUACAGAGGAGGAUGUGAAAUUCUACCUUGCAGAGCUGGCCCUUGCCUUGGACCACCUUCACAACCUAGGCAUUGUUUACAGAGACCUGAAGCCUGAAAACAUUUUGCUUGAUGAAGCUGGACAUAUCAAGUUAACAGACUUCGGCCUCAGUAAAGAGGCGGUGGACCAGGAUAAGAAAGCCUACUCUUUCUGUGGUACUGUGGAGUACAUGGCCCCUGAGGUGGUCAAUAGAAGGGGACACACCCAGAGUGCCGACUGGUGGUCUCUCGGAGUUCUAAUGUUUGAAAUGCUGACCGGUACUUUACCAUUUCAAGGCAAAGACAGAAACGAGACCAUGAACAUGAUUCUCAAAGCUAAGUUGGGAAUGCCACAGUUUCUGAGUUUGGAAGCACAAAGUCUGUUGAGGAUGCUGUUCAAGCGGAACCCAGCAAAUCGAUUAGGGGCAGGGUCUGAUGGGGUGGAAGAGAUUAAAAGACACCCCUUCUUUUCCACCAUCGACUGGAACAAGCUGUACAGGAGGGAGCUGCAGCCUCCAUUCCAGCCUGCAGCAGGGAAACCAGAUGACACGUUUUGUUUCGACCCAGAGUUCACUGCAAAAACCCCAAAAGACUCCCCAGGUGUUCCGCCCAGUGCUAACGCCCACCAGCUCUUCAAAGGCUUCAGCUUCGUUGCGCCGGCUGCUCUGGAGGAGAGUAAAAAUCCCCAGCUGGUGAACAUUCUCCCCAUUGUUCAGCAGCUGCACAGUGGGUCCACCCAAUUCUCUGACAUGUACGAACUGAAGGAGGACAUUGGCGUGGGCUCAUACUCCAUCUGCAAGCGUGGCAUCCACAGAGUCACCGGGGUGGAGUUUGCUGUCAAGAUCAUCGACAAAAGCAAGAGGGAUCCGUCAGAGGAAAUUGAGAUCCUCAUGCGAUAUGGUCAGCAUCCCAACAUCAUCACUUUAAAAGAUGUGUACGACGAGGGCCGUUUUGUGUACCUGGUGACAGAACUGAUGAAAGGCGGCGAGCUGCUGGACAGGAUUCUUCGGCUGAAGUGCUUCUCAGAACGUGAGGCCAGCGCUGUGCUCUACACCAUCGCCAAGACCGUGGACUACCUGCACUGCCAAGGGGUCGUCCAUCGAGACCUGAAGCCCAGCAACAUCCUGUACAUGGACGACUCGGGGAACCCUGACUCCAUCCGCAUCUGCGACUUCGGCUUUGCCAAGCAGCUGCGGGGGGGCGGCGGACUGCUGCUCACACCCUGCUACACGGCCAACUUUGUGGCCCCCGAGGUUUUGAUGCGGCAGGGAUACGAUGCAGCUUGUGACAUUUGGAGCCUAGGAGUUCUACUUUACACCAUGCUGGCAGGUUACACACCCUUUGCCAACGGGCCAAACGACACACCCGAGGAGAUCCUGCAGCGCAUCGGCAGUGGCAAGUUCUGCCUGAGUGGGGGCAACUGGGACACCAUGUCUGACACGUCUAAGGACCUGCUGUCCCACAUGCUGCACGUGGAUCCUCAUCAGCGCUACACGGCCGAGCAAGUCCUGAAGCACCCGUGGAUUGCCUGUCGUGACCAGCUGCCGCACUUCCAGCUCACGCGGCACGACUCCCCACAUCUCGUUAAGGGAGCGAUGGCUGCAACAUAUUCUGCGCUCAACCACAAGGCCAGUCAGCCCGUUCUGGAACCCGUAGCUGCCUCAAGCCUCGCGCAGCGCAGGAACAUGAAGAAGCUCACCUCCACCGACAUGUAGUGUGGGAGCUGCCUCUGUGGGUGGGCAGAUGGGCGGUUCCUUUACUCCUUAUUUAUUCAGACCCCCCCCCCCCGCCCCCAAUUCAUGAUGUGAUCCAUCUCAUGUUCUCCCUGAUGACAAAACCCAAAUUGCCCUUCCUGUCUGUUUUUUCAACUUUUGGCCGCCUCUGCCUCAAAAGGGAGAGCGCCCACUUGAGGAGAGUUCAGGGGAUGAGCCUGCGUGAAGCUGCAGGAAAAUCCUGCUUGCGGUACCUUUGGGAAGACUGUCAUUCUUGGUCUGGAGUCCUAGCUCAUCUGUUGCAUGUCUUAGCGCUGAUGCACCAGCUUGUACCCUCCCCCACUCACUGUGACUAGCCUGCUCGUACACUGUGCAUUGCGUUCGGUGGACUACAAGGCAACUGGCACGUCAACUCCCCCACCCCCCCAGCUUCUUUGAGAGCUUGUAACUGUAGCCACGCGCCUUCAGUCCUCUCCGAUUCUGUCACCUGCGCUGAGGUUGUCGUCACUCAUUCAGUCAGGUCAUCGGUCAUUUUAGUGUCACACUCAGGAGCUCCAAAAACUUCUUAGCUCACUGUGUAUCAAAAGUCACAUGAAGACCCAAGUAACUUUUUUUUUUUUUUUUUUUCCCCCCCCAUUCAUUUAAUUUCCCCCCCCACUUAAUUUGUGGAGGCAGUCACAGCUUUAGCUUUGCUUUUUUUCCGAAAUCAGAUCUAUUUCUGCAUUCGCAGCAAGGCUUGACGGAAUGCUCUUCAAAGUUGUGAUUUUCAGCUUUUUUUUUUUUUUUUUCCCCUUUUGUUUUUUCCUCUUUUUUUUUUUUUUUUUUCCCCCUCCCUCCUGGCUGUUUCCCUGCUUAAGAAAUUAUUUGGUAUUGUGUUCUUGGGCUAGAUGUAUUGCUGCAGGUCUAAACUUAAGGUUAAUGAAGGUGGGCUUUUUUUGCACAUGUACAUGUGUGUUAGGUACAGUAUUACUGAACAUUGACUGCCGAGAGAGUUGGCGGGGAAAGGGGCACAGAUACUUUUGGAAAGGACCUCUCGGCAGGAAAAAAAUACACAAGACUUUAGACAUUGAAUUUGUAUCAUACUGUAUUUAUUUCAUUUAAUUUUUGAAAAUAUAUUUUUCUUUUCAGGUCUGUAUAUAUUGACAUUAAAGAUCAUUAUUGAAGUAUA